GACGCCAUUGCAAAGUCACUUGAUCCCGAAAAAAAAACAAAGAACAAAAACUUAUCUUCAUCACUACUCUUAAAUCAUUUGAUCGAAACCCAUUUUUAAGAAUCAUCAUUACAGGAGAAAAGUUAGCUCCUUUUCUUUAUAUUCCCCAGUCGGUGCUUCUCCCGAGAGAUUUCGCUCAUCUUGUUCACUAACAAACAAUGGCGGAUCUCAACCCCAGGAUCGAGAUUUCGUUUCUUGAAACCUUCAUUUGCAGCGCUUUCGCUGCUUGUUUCGCAGAGUUAUGUACGGUACCAUUGGACACAGCUAAAGUAAGGCUACAGCUCCAAAGAAAGAUCCCAACUGGGGACGGAGAUAAUUUGCCCAAGUACAGAGGCUCCUUGGGUACUCUCUCUACCAUAGCAAGAGAAGAAGGCAUCUCGGGGCUCUGGAAAGGCGUUAUUGCAGGGCUGCAUCGUCAAUGUAUCUAUGGUGGCUUAAGGAUUGGUUUAUAUGAGCCUGUCAAGACGCUUUUGGUUGGAAGUGACUUUAUUGGGGAUAUUCCAUUAUAUCAGAAGAUUCUUGCUGCUUUGUUAACCGGAGCUAUAGCAAUCAUAGUAGCAAAUCCAACUGAUCUUGUUAAAGUUCGGCUUCAGUCAGAAGGAAAACUACCAGCUGGGGUUCCUAGGCGUUACGCAGGAGCUGUAGACGCUUAUUUCACCAUAGUGAAGAUGGAAGGAGUUAGUGCGUUGUGGACAGGGCUUGGUCCUAAUAUAGCAAGGAACGCUAUUGUAAACGCUGCAGAGCUAGCUAGUUAUGAUCAAAUCAAAGAGACAAUUAUGAAAAUUCCAGGAUUUGGAGACAGUGUUCUAACUCAUCUGCUAGCUGGGCUAGCUGCUGGAUUCUUUGCUGUUUGUAUCGGUUCUCCAGUUGAUGUGGUGAAAUCUAGAAUGAUGGGAGAUUCUACUUACCGUAACACAAUUGAUUGCUUCAUCAAAACCAUGAAGACUGAGGGGAUUAUGGCUUUCUACAAAGGAUUCCUCCCGAAUUUUACACGGCUAGGAACUUGGAACGUUGUUAUGUUCCUCACACUAGAACAAGUGAAGAAAGUGUUUCUAAGAGAAGUAUUGUUAGAUUGAUUCCCGAGAUCCCUCGUCUUAAAGAACAUAUACCUUAUUACAUUAUAUUCGUUAUUAAGACGUCGAAUUGUUAUAUAUACACUUCUACGUUACGUGAACUUUCGUCAGUUAGAUUAAUAAUGAAAACAUUCUUAUCCAA